AUGAUUCGGCGCCAUCAGGCGCCGUCUCUCUCGUACAGUAGGCACAGACAGGCACCAGCUUCUCACUUCAGUUCACUUCAGUCUGAUCUCAUCGCCUCUUCGAUCCCCCGGUCAACGUCUCAAUCCUUCGCUGCCGACCACUCGCAUUCUACCAUUGUACCAAUGCGUCUGAAUAUCGCCUUCUUUGUUGUCAGCUUCGCCGCCGCAGCGUAUGCACUUCCAAUGACAGAUAUCUCGAACACGAACGCUAGUGUAGCUGAUGGUCGUGCCGGGGUCGUUCUGCCCCGUGCAAACUCAGAUGGUUUCUUUCAGUCGAAUUCUGGUCCCCCCGAACCCUCGACAUCUGGUCCACCUCGCCCAUCGAUAUCGUCUCGAGGUGUUUCCGAGACGGAAAAAACAUCCUCCAAGCCUCUUAAAUACACAUUCCUUGGGCUGGAAGGCGAAACAAAAUCUCGAGACGGGGGUGCUUAUGCCUCUCAAGCCAACCAGCUCACCAGAGAACUUAUUCAGAGGCAUAUUCCUCCUGGCCAAGCUCUCCCCAAACUAGAACCAAGCAACGAGUUUCUUGGUGAUCCCGAUGAAGUAAAAUUCACGGUGGAUCUGAGUCAGUAUGGUCUGGGUAAAUGUACAGCCGAAAUCCGGACUAACACGCAUGCAUGGAUGAAUGGACAUGCAACAGUCAGUGCAGAGUGGAAUGGGAAGUCGGAAAGUUAUAAACCUGAAGAAUGGAGUGACCCUCAUUUCACUUGAACUUUGUUUGGGGAAAUGAAUAGUAUACAUAAUGUAGUGAAAAGUGUCUUUGCACUGGGAACGUACAUCCUACACAUCAUGCGUUUUGCAUUGUCUUACUACUACCCCUUUUGUACCACUCAGCCAGGUUCAGCAGGGUUCAGCUUGGAGUUGUAUCAAUGUCAAAUAUAGGACAAGUCAAUGGACCAAGAAUGGACGAAAGAGAAUUUGAAGUGGACAAACAAAGGAAUGGACUCGGAAGAGGAUUUGAAGAAAUCUGACGCACACAUACCAAAAUAUCUAAAAAGAACUGAU